AUGGUUGUAUCUUUCGGCCUCUCGUACGUGAACCAGCUGCUCAUCCAGGGCCUCCUUCUGGAGCUGGAGUUUCUGGGUGUAGCCGGCCUGCAUCCCCAGCUCUCUCUCCAGGGCACACACCACACGCCUUACCAGUCGUCGGAUGUCUCUCUCACAGUCACGUUUGAUGCGGUGCACUUCAUCCUGGUGCUGCUGUUUGCAGAUGACACCACUGUCAUCGGCCUCAUCAAGGACGGUGACGAGUCUGCAUAUCGACAGGAAGCGGAGCGGCUGGAGCUGUGGUGCGGCCGACACAACCUGGAGCUGAACACGCUCAAGACUGUAGAGAUGAUCGUGGACUUCAGGAGGCAUCCUUCGCCACAGCUUCCCCUCACGUUGUCCAGCUGCCUUGUGUCAACCGUCGAGACCUUCAAGUUCCUGGGAAUUACAAUCUCCCAGGACCUGAAGUGGGCGACCAACAUCAACUCCGUCCUCAAAAAGGCCCAGCAGAGGAUGUACUUCCUGCGGCUUCUGAGAAACCACGGCCUGCCACCGGAGCUGCUGAGACAGUUCCACACAGCGGUCAUCGAAUCAGUCCUGUGUUCUUCCAUCACAGUCUGGUUUGGUGCUGCUACAAAAAAGGACAAACUCCGACUGCAACGGACAAUCAAAACUGCUGAAAGGAUUGUCGGUACCCCCCUACCCGCCCUUGAGGACUUGCACGCUGCCAGAACUAAGACAAGGGCGUGCAAAAUCCUCUCGGACCCUCCCCACCCCGGUCACCAGCUCUUCCAGCUCCUUCCCUCAGGUAGGCGCUACCGAUCAAUGCAAACUAGAACUAGUAGACAUUCCAACAGCUUCUUCCCUCUUGCAAUCAACUUCUUAAACAGCUAACCUAUAAUUCCAUUACAACAAGCUGGCAAUUUUUUGACUUGAGUUCGUUGUCACAUUUCUGUGGGGCCAAUUAUGUAUUACUCGUGCACUCGCUGUAGUUGUCUCGCCAUGCUGCACUAUUUGCAUAUACUGGCCACUCAUGCCAGAGUAGGAUCUG